AUGGGUUGGAUUUGGCAUAGUUUAGAACCACAUGUUGCGACUACCGUGGAAUUUUGUGAUACCUCUAAGGAAAUUUGGGACUCCCUUGCUGACUCAUUUUCGAAUCAGAGUAAUGUCUCUCGGGUCUAUGAGCUAUAUGAGCAGAUCUUUGCUAUACGCCAAUUUGGCCGGUCCCUUCUUGAUUAUUAUAGUAGUCUCAAGACUUUGUGGGAUCAGUUAUUGCAGCAUCGACCCUUAACUACUGAUGUGAACAAACAGAAGCAACACUGGGAGGAGUUCAUGAUGGCUUCUUUACUCUCUGGCUUAGAUCCUAAAUUGCGGGGAUUCAAGGAUCAGAUUCUUGCCAUCUUGAGUAGUGUUGAUCGUAGGUCUACUCGAGGGGGUUUUCUUGGCACAUCUGGUCAACGGGGCUCUUAUUCUGGUUCACGGGGUUCUCGUGGGGCUGGUUCCUGUGGUGGUGGCUCCCGUGGUGGUUUCAGGGGUGGAUGUAGUAGUGGACCUAGUUCUCGCACACAUGGUGAUCGCAAGUGUACUCAUUGUGGUUCCCAAGGUCAUACUAAACCUUGGUGUUGGAAGAAAUAUGGCAAAUCUGAUCAUGUCCAUCAUGUUAUGGAUGUCCCAUCCUCACAAUCUUCCUUGUUGUCCACUGGCUCGAAUGCUUCUCCGGUUAAUUCUCAUGAGACACUCACUACUCAGAUUAGUGAGCUUACUGCUCUUGCCCAAUCAUCUACUUCUACUCCAGACAUAGAGUAUUCGCUGGUUCUGGAAGUUCAAAAUCCUCUAGUUGACAUGGAAGAUAUGCUUCGACAACCCCAGCAAACUAUUGAGGCUAUGCAGCUAGAUGCUGUUCACCAAGCGGAAGUCACCGCCGCCCAAGCGAAAAUUGCAGCCCAGCAGGCUGAGUUGAUCUCUAGGUUGUAG